UUAGAAAACUGUCCUCUGCCUGCGUCCACUUCUCAGUCUUUUCCUCUUGUACGAACUUUAAAUACUUAUAUAAAUAAUUAAUUUCAUUGCAUAAUAAAUUAUGUAAUUUUUCAAAACUUAAUUUGUUAUUUGUUUGUGAUUACUAUACAAUGAAAAAUCUAGACGGUCAGUCGGCUAUCGUUGCUUGCACAGUGAUCAAUUGUCAUUAGAAGUUCUCAUUCGAUUUUCUCCAAUAUCUCAAUUGCAGAAUUGUUUGUUCUAAGGACAGCCGCCACUGGAUAUAGUUUCACAGACAAGCGGCUGCUGCGGGCUGUCCGUCAUCAUGCGUUCGUCGGCGUCCGCGACGGCAGUGGACGUGACGCUGUUCAAGACCAUCGGUCUGUACCAGCUGCUGUGCCCGGCCAACCGCGGCGGUUACAGCGCCCGUUCUAGGCACGCGCUGCUCACCGUGCUCGGCCUGUCGUUCGCGCUGCACGCGUUCCAGGUGCCCUGGCUGUACUACGCGCUCAACGACCUGCAGCGGUUCGCGUACAUGGCCGCCGUCAUCAUAUACGGCAUGAUGUGCGCGUUCAAGGGUUACGUGCUGGUGACCAACGCCGACCGGUUGUGGUCCGUGCUGGACGCGGCCGGUUACGCGUACACCGAGUGCGGGCGCCGCAACCCCCUCUGGCUGCGCCGGUGCGGGGUCACGCUGUCCGCGAUGCUCCGUUCGUUCGUCGCGCUCAGCUACGCCACGCUGAUCGUGUGGAUCGCGCUGCCGUUUUUCGUCGACGAGUUCACGGGCAUCAUCAACCUGGACGGCACCGUCACCCGGUACCGCACCACCAUCCACAACAUGCAGUUCCCCGUCCCGUUGGCCCUGUACAACUCGCGUCCCGUCUGGAUGCUCAUCUACUUCACCGAGGUGGCCGUGUGCAUCGUCAACGUGUUCAUAUGGUCCAUGUUCGACUGCUACCUGGUAACCAUGUGUUUCGUGCUCAACGCCCAGUUCCACACCAUGUCGGCCGGUUACGUGACGCUUGGCCGUCGUCGCACCCAAUCAUCGCCACCGCAAACGCCCGACACGAGUGUUCGAAUGAAAUUAAAUGAUGUGGAAUCGAAUCAUUACGAUGAUUUGAUUGGUCACAUACAGGACAAUCAAAAAUUAAUCAAAGUGUAUGACGUAUUUUUUGAUGUCGUACGACCCGUUGUCCUAGUCCAGAUUGGAAACGGUUCAUAUUCAGUAAUAUCGUUGAUAUUCCUUAUCUCCCUGAUGUAUCUUAUGGGUAUUCCAGUUUUAUCAGCACCAUUUUUAAAAUUUAUUUGCGGAGUAAUAUCGCUUACUAUUGAGCUCUUUAUUUUUUGUUAUGGAUUCAACCACAUUGAAACUGCGAAAUCUGUAAUAAAUUUCGGAUUAUACAGUAGCAAUUGGACUGAAAUGGAUUUGAAAUUUAAAAAAUCUUUACUAUUGGCCAUGAAGAUGAAUUCCUCCCAUAAACGAGUGAUGAAAAUUUCACCUAAUUCCGCUGUCGGUCUGGAAAUGUUUGCUAGGGUGAUGAACAUGUCAUACUCAAUAGUUUCAGUACUACUAAACUCAAGAUCUUAGAAACUUAGUGUAGAACACGAAUUAUCAAAGAAUAGGUUGAUUAUUAGUUUAUUUAUAUAAAUAAAUUAUAUGUUUUAAUAAUUUUUUUAUAGUUUAUGCUUGAACAAAAUUUACGCAGUUAAUAAUAAUCAAAAUAGUUAUGACAUUUUUAUAAUUUUACUAUAUUUGCUAUAUUAUUCAAAAUUGUA